AUGGACUUGUCGAGGAAGAUCACCCGAACUGUAGUUCCCGAAGAACUAACAGUCAGAAGGAAGGUGCAGCACCUGGCUCACUCAAACUUCACCUAUCGCCAUUACGCUGCUUGGACACCCGCAGAUCCUCGAGUAUUUUGGCACCAGUCUCAAAAUCGACAACGGGACAUUCGCUUGGACAAGCUAAACGAUAGCGAAUCCAGCACUCAUCGAGCUUCACUAAAAGCUCAACCAUUAGACGGACCGUUCAACAUGGACAAUUGGACAUCGAAAGGACGUUACCCAAGAAACGGAAAUCACAUUUCGUACCUCGAAGGACAGAGUGGAGUUGGGUCCAAACUCAGCUGUUUCUUCACUCAUUCAAAAGAUCCUGUCGUUCGCCUAAUCGAACAACGAAGACAGCCAACCAAGAAGAUGAAACACAAGUUUCUCUUCAUACAGAACAACAUCGACAACGCGACAGAGACAUUGCUUAUCACUACGCUUUGGACAAUUAUCUGUUACCACAAGGUCAGAGAUAUCAAGGAGCCGCAACGAAACCCCUUCUGCUCGCCGGGAGCCUCUCUCUGCAAAGAGAGACCUCCAGUUCAAGAAUACCACCAUGACAGACGAAAACAACCGGACAUUAUAGUCAACCACGUCGACGUCGUCAAAAGGGAAGGAUACAGCAACAAGAUAAUUCAUAUUUUGUUAAUUUGGAUAUUGGCUGUGAUCGAAUCUCCAGUUCCGUCACGCUCUUCCACUGCUCCAACUGACAUAUCUCGUCCAGUACAAACGGUUUCAACAUGGACUCUGGAUAAUUAUUACCGAGUCUUUCAUAUUCCGCUCUCGGAUCAAUUAGUUUGA